CCGUGUCUCAUCGCUCUCUCCCUUCCAACGCAAACCAGGCAGAAAAAUGGGAAGAACUACAAGCGUCACUUCUCACUUUCUUAUCUUCGCAAUCUUGGCCGUCCACGCGGUGAUUUCUUCUUCAUCAACAGUAGAUUUCGUAGGCGAACAGCUCGACUUUCUCCCUAUGAAAUCGGAGUGCCGUGGAUCGAUCGCAGAGUGCUCGAUGGACGAAGACGAGGGAUUCGAUACGGAGUUCGCGAUGGACUCGGAGAGCAACCGGCGCAUCCUAGCGGCGAGGAGGUAUAUCAGCUACGGCGCGCUGAGGAGGAACACUGUGCCGUGCUCUCGACGAGGCGCCUCGUAUUACAACUGCCGACGUGGAGCUCAGGCCAAUCCAUACAGUCGCGGUUGCAGCCGCAUUACUCGUUGCAGGGGUUAGAUUUCUUAGAGAAAAUGGAAUAAGAUUUCUUAGAGAAAAUAGAAUGUUGAAUUGGUUUUGUAAUAUAAUUGCAUCAAUAUUAUUAUCCUUAAGUGGCAUACCUGAAUCUUCAGAGAUUCUGGACGAACUCAGUCCUCUUAAAAAAAUUAAAUGUCUUGUGUUAAGUAAAUGAGUUUGGGACUAUUAUAACAUUAAUAGUUUUUCAUUAA